ACGACAGUCAUCGAAGCAAUUCGUUGUUCCAUCGCUCCUCCUCUUUUGAAUGAAUGUGGCUCAUCAUCCUAAACCUUCUUCGAAUUCCAUUGCACGCCAUUCCAAUUCUGUGUUCAGAAAGCGUACAAAUUUUGUUCCUGUCCUGUUGGUGUCGGGGUAGCCGAUCGAUGACAACCGAAGCUUGUUUUUUGGUUUCUUCGGUGUUCAGGAUUUUUCUUCGCCAAAUUUUUGCUCACCUGAGUUGGCUUCAAGUCUCUUCAACCUCUUUUGUUUUGCUUUCACUGCCAAUUAGGUGCUGACAUAAAGAAUGAAUCUGCAGCAGGGGGUCUACUAAUGCUACUUUUAGAAAUGCAACAGAACUGAUUAUAUCAAUUUUGGCAUUGAAGUCAAAUGAUACGUGCUGUUCAGCUAUAAUUACUAUCCUUAAUUAUGUCGAACAUGUUCCUGGUGCUUGGUUGUGCAUUCUUCUUUGGUGGGAUUGUUUUCUAUGACAAAGGAUUGUUGUUAAUGGCUGUCAUGUGCCUGCUCUACAUCCACAAUGAAUCCCAUUUUGGGAAGUCGAAAUUGGCACUCGAGAUUCAGCAGAUUGCAUGCUUAGAAUCAUUCAUGCUUGACAUAAUGGACCUUGCUUGUGAAGUGAUUUGAAUCUCAAUCAAGUGUACUUCCCUUGAGAUAUUUGAUCAACAAGGUAAUCCGAAUUUAAUUUUCCCUUGUAAUAUCAAUUUUGACUGCCUCGGAUCUCUGUUCUAUCAGAAUAUUUGGUAGAUGCAAUUGAAGUAUUACUUUGUUUAAUCACCUUCUGGUUAUCUGAGAAAGGCUUCAACUUUUCUUUUACAUAUUGCAUCUGAAUCACUGAAAAUUCCAGUGUCGUAUAUUAGUGUUAUACUGACUUCCGAUCACGGGGAAUGCUGCUGAAUGCAAGCGCUAUUAUAUUGGCCAAGGAAGGAUAUUUCUCUGGGCGUAGCUAUCAGAUCAUCAACCCAGAUAUCUAUGUUCGGGAUUCCUUCCUGUGUCGUAACUGGGUGGAUUAUGAGACAACCAAUGAACUCGAACUUUGAAAUCUUGUAAUCGGCGACACUUAUAACUGUAAUUGUCGUAGCUUUCUUGCUCUAGGUUUGUAAUCAAACCCCCUUAUUUGUGAACUUGAUUUAAUAGAAUAAGUCACUAACUUGUCGAAGAAGUUUAGGAGAAUUGUUAGUAGACUUGGAAGAAUAAGUUACUAACUUAUGGAGUAAUAACUAUAGGAGAAUUGGUAGUAGUUGUCAAAUUGUGGACUAAGUUUUAUAGUUUGAUUAGGAAGAUCGUUAGUGGUUCUUUAACUUGAGGAGAAAGUUUAAGAAGUUAGUUAGUGCAUUCUCUCUGUAAAUCCUCCCGAGAUGUAUGCUUUUUCACCACAACAAAGAGAAUCAAUAAGCAUAAGUGGUUAAGGUUCUUCUAUUCAAAAGCUUCUCUCCCCUCACGUUGUCCUUUUUUGGUUAUUUCAUUUGUUUGGACAUAUUUCGAUUCAUAUCGAUCUGUUUUAUUAUGAGUCUCGAAAAGAGUCAGAAAAGAGUCAACGAGUGGAGGAGAGAGAAAGAUGGGGAGAGGGAGAGAGAGGGUUGACCAGGUGUCUGAAGAGUGAGCUACCCACCAUCUCACACGCUCAAUGGCGUUGAAUUUUUUAAUAAAAUCAUGCACCUUUGAUGCCUCUCUCUCUCUCUCUCUUUUUCCAUAUAACCAAACCCCAUGCACUCACUUCUCAUUUCCCACUCUCCAUUAUAUAUAACAAUCCCAAUCUAAUCUCUUCCCAUAAUACAAAAAAACACCAUCUUUUUCUUUUUCUUUGUCUGAACAAAAAAACAAAACAAAAAAAAAAAAAAAAACACUGAGAAAGACAGACAAAAAGGAAAGAAAAAUGGGCAGAAUUCCAUGUUGUGAGAAGGAAAAUGUUAAGAGAGGACAGUGGACUCCUGAAGAAGAUAACAAGCUGUCGUCCUACAUCGUCCAGCACGGCACUCGAAACUGGCGCCUUAUCCCCAAGAAUGCCGGUCUCCAAAGAUGUGGGAAGAGCUGUCGGCUACGUUGGACUAAUUACCUUCGCCCUGACCUGAAGCACGGCCAGUUUUCUGAUAUGGAAGAACAAACUAUUGUCAAGCUACAUUCUGUUGUUGGCAACAGGUGGUCAUUGAUUGCAGCUCAGUUACCUGGUCGAACCGAUAAUGAUGUCAAGAAUCACUGGAACACUAAGUUGAAGAAGAAGCUAUCAGGAAUGGGCAUUGAUCCAGUCACUCACAAGCCAUUCUCCCAUCUCAUGGCUGAAAUCGCCACCACUCUGGCUCCUCCACAAGUUUCCCAUCUUGCCGAAGCAGCGCUCGGCUGCUUCAAAGACGAAAUGCUUCACCUUCUUACAAAGAAGCGCGUCGAUUUCCAGCUUCAACAAGCUAACGUACCGCCUGGAAGCACAACAGGAAUGUACAUUCAUGGCAAACAAAAUGAGAAAGAUGGUACUGUUGAGAAUAUCAAACUUGGUUUGUCAAGAGCCAUUCAACAGCCUGAUCUCAUCUCCCCUUAUAAGCCUUGGAAUUCUACUGAUGCAGUAGGGACAAGCAAUUGUUUUCCUGCAUCAACGUCGGAGUUCCAAUACGGUCCGCUGUCGUUCGGGACCGAGGGGGACGGAUCGUCAUGGAGCCAGAGCUUAUGUACGGGAAGUACGUGCACGGCAGAACAGGGGCAACUGCAUGAAAUUCUUGAAGAAACAGAAGAAGAGCUAUCAGAGAAUGGAAAAGAGAUGAGAAAUAGGACAAGUAUUUUCAGUUCAAACUCAGUGUUGUGGGAUUUACCAUGUGAUGAUCUGAUGAAUCCAAUAGUCUGAGGAAGAUGAAAAUAAAACAGAAUUUCUAAAU